ACCUACUUACUUUAAAAAAAAUUUAUUACACACCCAAUUUCCAAAACCCUAAUCCACAUAACUCUCUCUCAUCAUGGCUUCAUCUUCAUCAUCUUUGAAACCUCUACAUCUUCCAUGGCACUUUUUAUAUGUUCUCUUUCUUCUCUUCCUUCUUAUUAAUUCGUGUUUCGCAAUGAGAACCGGGAGGAUGAUGAUGGGGGAAGGAAUUUCAAAAGGGUCAUUGGAGCAUAUGAAGCACUCUCGAUUGAUACAAGAAAGUGGGUAUCGAUAUCGUAGCUUGGUAUUCCAAAAAUUACCAAAAGGGGUAUAUGUUCCUCCUUCUGGUCCAUCCAACAGGCACAAUUCAGUGGUGAACUCUUCUCCUCAAAACUGAAAAGGCAAACGAACAUUCAUCUAUACACUUUUGUUUAUUUUCUUUUUGUUGCUUAAUUUCUCUCUCCUCUCUCCUUGUAUUGUAUUGAUUAAAGGGUUGCAGAUUAAAGAUUUUUUCACGAGGCCUAGCCCUAACAGAUCAGAUCCCAAGUAGCUGAGAUUUAGGUCUUGUGAUUGGUUUCUUAUUACACUGUAUAGAAAUUUAAGUUUGUUCCAUAGUAUUUUCUGUAACUAUACUGAAGAUUGUAUCAGUCUACACUGUUCUAUGUUGAGGAUUUGUCUAUGAUGAUCGGUUUGAGCUAUAGCAUCCAUGAGAUGCUUUGUUUUUUGCAGUUAAAGAUCAAGAAGCCAAAUUUUUUGCAGAAU